GAGCCAACGUAGCCUUCUUUUUUGUGUCCGUCUGCGAGUGGUGUGUGGAAUUUUAGGGUUUUCCAGGCAGGGUGCUCAUCGAUCCUUGGUUGCGAGGAGCAAUGGCCGCGGCUAUGGCGCUCAACAACACGUUGAGCCUCGCUGGAUCUCAGUUCAUGGGGCAGAGCGUCAAGCUUUCUACAGUGAAUUGCUCGCCGUCCGGCCGCAGCGCCUCUUUGGUCGUCAGAGCUGGGGGAUACGAUGAGGAGCUCGUCAAGACUGCUAAAACCGUGGCAUCGAAGGGCCGAGGAAUUCUUGCCAUGGACGAGUCCAACGCGACCUGUGGCAAGAGAUUGGCAUCGAUUGGCCUCGACAACACCGAGGACAACAGACAAGCUUACAGGGAGCUCCUGAUCACCACCCCUGGCCUGGGAUCUUACAUUUCUGGCGCGAUUUUGUUCGAGGAGACGCUCUACCAGUCGGCGAAAGGAGGCAAGACGUUCGUGGAUUGCCUCAAGGAGCAGAACAUCGUGCCUGGAAUCAAGGUCGACAAGGGUCUCGUUCCACUCGCUGGAUCCAACAACGAGUCGUGGUGCCAAGGACUUGACGGUUUGGCUUCUCGCUCAGCUGCUUACUACGGCCAGGGUGCGAGGUUUGCGAAGUGGCGAACAGUCAUUAGCAUUCCAAACGGUCCUUCCGAGCUAGCAGUGACUGAAGCCGCUUGGGGCCUUGCUCGUUAUGCCGCCAUCUCUCAGGACAAUGGAUUAGUGCCAAUUGUUGAGCCUGAGGUUCUCCUGGACGGAGAGCACGGGAUUGACAGGACCUUGGAGGUUGCAGAGAAAGUCUGGGCCAAGACCUUCUACUACCUGUCACUGAACAACGUCCUGUUCGAGGGUAUCCUCUUGAAACCCAGCAUGGUCACUCCCGGCGCAGACUACAAGGGAACCAAGUCCACUCCCCAGGAAGUCGCCGACUACACGCUCAAGAUGCUCCACCACAGAGUUCCCCCCUCUGUUCCCGGCAUCAUGUUUUUGUCUGGAGGACAAUCCGAGGUGGAGGCGACGCUCAACUUGAACGCAAUGAACCAGAGCCCCAACCCGUGGCACGUAUCCUUCUCGUACGCCCGUGCUUUGCAGAACACGGUGUUGCAGACAUGGAAGGGACUUCCAGAGAACGUCAAGGCGGCUCAAGACGCUCUCCUUGUCCGGGCCAAGGCAAACUCCAAGGCGCAGCUCGGCCAGUACACGGCCGAGGGAGAAUCCGACGCUGCCAAGAAGGAGAUGUUCGAGAAGGGAUACACUUACUAAGAAAGAUCGAUCGAGCGAGCGAAGAACAGCAAGUUCAUUCAUGGCGACAAAAGAGACGAUCGAUCGCAGCGAGGCAGUAUAACUUUCUGGACUAAUAAGAAAACAAUUUUUAUGAGAAACAAAUUCCAAUUUUUAUGUAGUUUGCCCCUUAAUAAACUAAGCUAUCUCGUCA